AUGCCGCACAUCAUAUAUCUUUUCUUUUUCGGUUUUUUUGUUGCGCUUAGUCAUAGUGAAUUAUCUCGUAUUAAAGUUGAUCCAAAGACUCAACAUUUUAUUGAUGAAUAUGGCCGUGUACGUAUAUUUCAUGGUGUUAAUGUUGUUUAUAAAGUUCCACCUUAUCUACCAGAUCUAACUCAAUUUGAUCCACAAAAUUCUUUAACAGAUGACGAUUUAAAUAAUUUACAUCAAUGGGGUUUUAAUGUUAUUCGUUUUUAUACAUCAUGGAUGGGUGUAAAUCCAACAUCAGAAAAUAAUAUUAAUCAAGAAUAUCUUUCACAAUUAUCAACAGCUUUACAAAUGAUGGAAAAUAAAGGCAUUUAUGCAUUACUUGAUUGUCAUCAAGAUGUUUUUUCACGAUAUUUUUGUGGUGAAGGUGUACCUGAUUGGAUAGCACAAAAAUUAGGUGAUACAACAGUUAAAGCUUUUCCAUUUCCGGUUGCUCCUAACAUGACACGAGAACCUGAUACAGGUUAUCCAAAACUGGAUGAAUGUCUUAAACAUCCUUUUUUUGAAUAUUAUUUUUCUGAAGCUGUUCUACAUGGAUUUAAUAUGCUAUAUACAAAUGGCAAUGGUACACUUGAUUCAUUUGCUUCUUUUUGGCGAACUGUUGCUAAUACAUUUGCUGAUCGUUCAUCCGUUCUUGGUUAUGAAUUACUUAAUGAACCAUCAUUUCCUAAACUUGUUGAAGUCAUUGAAGUAGGCGAUGUUGAUCGCAUUUAUUUAGCACCUAUGUAUAAAAAAUUACAUGAAGUUAUUCGUCAAGUCGAUGAUAAACAUAUUAUAUUUUUUGAACCAUGUGUUGCUGAUCUUCUUCAAACAGGACUUGAAGAAGGACCUGGUGGUAUUGAUUAUAAUGAUCGACAAGCAUUUAGUUAUCAUGUUUAUUGUAUUGAUGUUACAAAACAAGGUGAUCCAAAAUCAGAUCUUCUUUGUGAUAUAGACGAUGCACUUCUUAUCAGUUUACGAUAUGAAGAAGCCAAGAAGAAGAAAUUUGGUGGAAUGAUGUUAACAGAAUUUGGUGCUAUAAGUAAUUCUACAGAAGGUGUUAAAGAAAUUCAUCGAAUAACAGGAUUAGCAGAUGAAUUUCUUCAAAGCUGGUCUUAUUGGCAAUUUAAAAAAUAUCAAGAUUUAACCACAGCAGCAAGUCCAGCAACAACUGAAUCAUUCUAUACUGAAGAUGGUGAAUUAGAAAUGAAUAAAGUAAAAGCACUCUCACGAUCAUAUGCACAAGCAAUUGCAGGUCAACCAAUACUUAUGUACUUCGAACCAAUAUCAUGCAACUUUGUAUUAUAUUUUACCGUUAAUACAAAUAUUCAACAACCAACAAUUAUUUAUAUAAAUGAAGAUUUAAAUUAUCCAAAUGGUAAUGUUAUUAAGGUAUCACCAGCUGACUCAUUAACAUGGACAUCAACGAGUCGAAAUUAUUACGAAUUUUCAAUAACGGCAUCAACAAAGAAUGGUACAACAAUUAAUAUUCAAAUUACACCAAAAACUCUCAAUUGGUUUAACAGAGCUUGGAAUUGGCUUAAGAAGAAAAUUUCUUUUUGA